CGCCAUAAUAUUGUUGUCUACACCCGUCGUUGAACAUUUUCUGGACCUUUUAAUACAAAUAUUACUCGAGGUAUCUUGUUAUAACACAAAACAUUAUAUCCGUGUUUUCAAGUUCGCGCCCCAAAAUAAACAAGAGACCUAAAGUCACGGUAUGUAGGUCGGAACAUGUACCAAUUCACACAAUAGUAAGUUUUCGCAUAGGCUGCUUAAAUUGUGUCGGUGUGGUAAUCUCGCUCAAAAACAAUUUUCCGGCUGAAAGUGUGUGUAUACAUGUAGUACGUACAGCGCAGAUGACCUCAUGCUUCGCCUUGUACAUGAUGAGCACAAAUCUUAAGUAUCUCUAAAUUGUGAUGGACUAGCUCCCAGAGUCUCACCGGCAAAUGAUCUUGUUCGUUAUCGUGCAGCGCGUAACCACAAUCAAAAGUAGGAAAUUCUAAAAUGAAUUGGAUUGUAACGCUUUUAAGGUUUACGCUUGGACAAAUUUCACGGCGAUGUUUAUGUGCUUGGUUUCCCGUCCUGUGGGCCAUGUGGCCGCACGCCGUGGGUUACAAUGUCGACACGGAUCAACCUUUGAUUUUUCGUGGAAAACCUGGAUCCUAUUUUGGAGCAACAACUGAAAUUGUUGUGGAUUCUAAAAAAUGGAUUCUUGUGGGUGCGAUAAAAGACACUUUCACCGAGAAACCGGAUAUCCCAUUCCCAGGAAAUGUUUACGCAUGCCCAGUGGACUUCAAUUCCGAGACAAAUUGCUCAGUGUUGUCGAAUUUGAGAACGCCAGAAACUGGCGCUAAUGUAUCACAAAAAGUUUAUGAAGAACGAGAUCAACUUUUGGGCGCAAGUAUCCUUGUUCCUGAGGAUUCAACAAAACCCAUUAAGAUCUGUGCGCCAAACUGGAAGAACCUGCGGUUUUUUAAUCCUACUGAUGACGUCGACGAUUACUACCAAGUGACGGGGAACUGUUUUAUGCUGAAGGACAGGUCGGAUAUAGUCAACACGGCAGACAUCAGCAGAUUCCGUGUUCCCAUUGACCUCCUGGACUUCUACAAAGCACCGCUGCUAGGAUUUUCUAUAGCAGAUAUGAAGAAUCGAGUAUUUGAGACCUUAUACGGUGCGCCUAACGCUGGACGAAGUUCUACAGGAGGCAUGGUUGGGAAGAACGAUGGCUCUUUGACAAACAUUAAGUCUCUGAAAAUGGAAGUGGAAAGGUCAGAGGUCAUCAAAGAUACAUACUUAACGGGCUCAUUAUUUGGGUACAGCAUUGCAACAGGGAAUCUAGGCGAAAACCCGAAACGAUUGUUUUAUUUUGUGGUUGGCGCUCCUAACUUUGGCAACAAGAACGGGAAUAUUGGCGCUUUUUCAGUAUUCAGAUUCAGCUCUCCUCCAGUGCAAGUCAAACAGAUUGAAGGAGUGCAGCUAGGAAGCGGAUUCGGUCAAACACUCUGUCUUGUUGAUAUAAAUGGUGACAACAACGAUGAGAUUCUGGUCUCGGCACCAAAUUGGUUUUCCAUGGAAGGGAAAGGGAAUCAAGUUCUGUACGACGUUGGAGCAGUCUAUAUUUAUUAUGGAACAGGAACUGCAUCUAUGAUUGUCGAUACCCCACAAGAGCUACACGGUUCCUUUAUUCCAUUUUCACGAUUUGGAACCGCAAUUGCUAAUAUUGGCGAUAUCAAUAAGGAUGGAUAUGUGGAUAUAGCAAUUGGAGCACCAUAUGAAAGUACAGAGGGAGCGGUGUACAUCUUCAAUGGUAGAAAAUCUAGGAUAGAGAACAUGUACUCACAGAAAAUACUGGGGUCUACCAUGACACCAGGUCUACAAGGAUUUGGAUUCUACAUAUCGAGGACACCAAAAGAUUUAGAUGACAAUAUGUAUAACGAUUUUGCUGUCGGGGCGUACAGAUCUGACAUAGCUGUUAUUCUGAGGACCAGAAAUAUCAUUGACGUGAACUGUGAAGUUUCAUCCUCUCCAAACCCCAUUCCGCUCAACGCUAGCGGGACGUUCUGUAGUGAUGGCCGUCUUUUCAACCCCUGUUUCACAGUCUCAUUUUGUUUUAACUUUACUGGGGAAGGCAUUAACAACACAGAAAUUGAUUUUACAAUAAACGUGGAUGCAAAUGAAACGAGGAAAAGAGCGGAAAUCAUUGAAAACAACAAUACAUAUCAGGAAAUGACAGUCUCCAACUUCAUCAUUUUUUCAAAUAAAAACCACUGUUACACAGCGGAAUUCAGAGUGCCGAUCAUUGAUAGAAAGUUUUUCCAAGUGAUGGAAAGGCCCAUUAUUUUACAAGUGGAUUACAAAAUCAGUAACACCUCGGAACCCGGGAAGGUCAGAGCUAUACUACAAAGGGACGUCACUCCUACACUCUUUGGAAAGGCACGCUUUGACACUGGGUGUAAGGCAGAGGAUGGGACGUGCCUAUCGAAUUUGAAUCUUAAUGUAAACUGGGAUAGAACAAAAGUUCUGGUUGGAAAUGAUACCAUAUUGCAAAUGAAAAUCGUUCUGAAAAACUCUGGCGAGCCGUCUUUCAAAACGUCCAUUGCCAUUACCUAUCCUACUGAUAUUGUAUUUAAUUCAUUAACAAUUGACCCCUCAUCCGAGAGAAUACGUUGUUCAACAGGAGAUAAGAGUCCAAUAAAUUGUGAGAUUGAGAAUCCAUUUUAUCAGCGCAUGACAGGAGAAAUAGACAUCGUGUUUGAAAUUUUCAAAGACGAUUUGGAGAUGACUUCCGGUUAUGUAUCGACACCAACCCUUGAUUUCGACGUGACAGCUUCAACUAACAAUGACACGUAUCCAGAAGACAAUUCGGUUACAAGUAACAUAGAAGUAGCAACCUUCUCCAGAGUAACCCUGCAAGUAUCGGGAUCUGAUGAACAGAUCACAGCAGCCAAUAAGAGCAUUCAGUUUAUGAAUUUCUACAGGCUCUUCAAUGAGGGUCCUUGUGUUAUAGAAACAGUGGACCUCCGAUUCUUCAUUCCAGUCCGAUACCUGGACAAAAUCUUUAUCAGAGAGACGGAUGUCAGGGUAGAAAACAAAAACGUAAACGAUUCCUGUAAACUGGUGUACUAUCCGAACGGACCAAUGAAGACGACCACGUAUAACCCCUUAUCCAGAAGCAGCACUGUCCGUUACAAUACUUCCGGAAUAAGGGUCAUACCAUCGGAAAGCCAGUCGCUCGACAAUCCAGAUUUUCAACCCAUCCGGGACACUACUGACAGCUCGGAGUACAUUUUUUGUGACAGGGAAGAUGGACCCUACCUGUGCGCCAUUGUAGAGUGCACGCUGAACAAAGUAAAACCAGUGGACGGUGACAACAGGGCGUUCGUGAUUCCAUUCGAUAUUCUGCUGAGUCAUCUUCCAAAGCUGCAGAAGGGAAAAUCAUUUCUAACUUUUGUCACACGUGGUCAUGUGAUUCCGACGAUGAGAUCUCGCGUGCCACUGGUUUUGAUGAAGAAUGUGUCAGAAGAGAUCUCUGUGGCCAUACUCCUCUCAGAUUCCUUCAAACAGGAUGUAGAAGAGGUGGAUCUAAAAAUUAUCAUCCUGGGCUCCGUUGGGGGGUUAGUGUUGUUUUUACUGCUGGGUCUCCUCCUAUGGAAGUGCGGCUUCUUUAAAAGAGAGAAGAGAAAACAGGUCGAUGAAUUUAAACGCAAGAGUCGCUACAGCAUGAGAAAAAGUCGAAUGGCGUCAAUGAGAAGUGCAAGAGGUGCCGGGUCUGUUCGUUCACAUAUGCCACAAGAACAAGAAAAACUAAAUAAAAAGUUUGAUGAAAUGGAUGACGCACAUUUUACAACAUGAUAUUGUAUGACUUUAAAGAUGUAACAUUGAUGGAAUUCCUCACCGCCAGAUGGCAUGAAAAGGAAGAAGAGCAUCAAUCAAAUACUGUGUUGAUAUAUACGGUAUCGAAAAAUCUAAGUGCAUUCUGCUUUCAGGUACCUGGCCUAUGACACAAUGUGCUUAUACAUAUUUUUUAUGCUUCGUUCGUGAUCACGGGACUGUCGAUAUAGUCUACUUGUAUGGAAAUCCCAGUCAAGCAUGACUGACACGCAACAUUGGCUCUCCCCGGCGCAUUUAUCUUUGUGUGCAUUCGCUUAUUUUCAAUGAAACACUUCCAGGCUGUAAAAGACAUUUGAUAAAAACGAGUCCUGUUAGACUGAACAGUAAGAUUGACCUAUCAGCUCACCUAAUUCAGACAUUCAUAAUUCACACACAGGUAUCGUAAUUUAACUUCUUUUCUGAAUAUAUACAAUGCCUGUCAACCAAACUCGGAACGACAUGCAUUGAUCGUGUCUAAAUGACGAAACACAGCCUCUACAAAGAGAAAUGAUACAAUGUGGUAAACCAUGAAAAAUUGAAUGUGACAGUUGAAAUGUUCUGAAGAACCCCUGAACCAAUUUCAACCAAGUUUAAACAAAGGUAUUCAUGGGUGAAGGAGAUUCAUGUUGGUUCAAAUGAAAUGGUUUGCCCUCUUCAAAGGGGAGAUAACUGAGGAUUGUGAUAGUUGGAUGUUGCAUUUUAAAAAAAAAAAUUCUAUACCAAUUUCAACCACACUUGGAACAACACAUCUUUUCUUUAGGUGAAGGGCUUUUGCGAUUUAUUCACAUAAUGGGUCAUGUAUCUUUUCAAGGACACUGGGGAACGGUUACAUGUUAGAUGAGGUGAGAUGAUUUUAAAAUCGUUUGAACUUCUUGAUAUAGAAUUACAAAACUUACGCAUAAACGUAGUGUAAAAUUUUCAAAUGAUGGUCCAAGGGCUUCGAAUAGGGCUGCGGAGGUAUCUAAAGCUAUCAUAAAGGUAUAUUUAAGAAAAAGACUUUAAAAUCUCCUUUGGACGAGCAAGACUGCAGUAUGUUAAAGAAGAAUAAAAACAUCCUCAUGUAGAUUUUAAUUCAAAUUGUCUCCCCAGGGACAAGAAUAGUGAAGUUAAUUAGGGCCAGAAAUGUUCUCAAAUUUGACAUUGUCACGUAUGCUAUCUAUCACAAAGAUUCUAUUUUAUGUUAGAUCUGAAUAGUUAUAAAUAUCAUCAUUGUUUGGUGAAAUAUAUCUUUUUUGUUUGAAUUCGAGAAUCCGGUAGUUGACGGUUUGAAAACGAGACUGCGGACAUUUUUUAUUUUCGACAACUAACUUGAAUGAAGUUGGUUGUUUACUAUUGUAGAGGGCAGUGUACACGUGUAGAAGGAGUUGAUUUUGUUGAGUUGUAAAUGCUUAGUUGUGUUACGUUGUACAUAUGUAAUUAUAGAUGUGCGCCCUAAAUGUGCAUCACCACACAUGUAAAUAAACAUGCGCCCCAAAUGUGCAUCUCCACACAAUGUACAGGGCGUAUAUGUAACUAUCAUCUUCACAAAUAAUUGUUAUUUUGUUUCAUUUCUAAAUUCAUGUCAACAACAAUGACUUAUGAUCCAGAUCCACGGGUCAGUAUUGAAGCAUAAUUGGAUAUAUUAAUCCAAAUUCCAGUGAACGCAUGAAAGCUUUUCCAAAUAUGAACGCAUUUUUGUAUUGCAUUCCUUGUGGGAGUUAUGAGAUUGAUCACUGUUCGUUAUCUUCGCCUUUUAUAUAAUAAUUGCUCUGUAAUAAACAUUUAGAUAUUAAUAUACUGAUUGUAAUGUCGAGUUCAUGUUGCACCUCGGAUCUAAGUGUAGAGCUGAGUGAAUAUGAUGCGGGUGAGCAUUGGAAGCCCACGGUCCUCUUGUUACAAUGUUGACGUAGACUUGCGUAUUAUUGGAUUCAAGACAAAUUAUGUGACUGGCGAUGUAGAAACCUUAAUUUUUUAUUUUCAUUUUGCGAAUCGCUCCAAUACUUUUGAUAAAGAAUUCCAUGACACGCACAGAAAUUUUGAAUGGACCGUGUGAACGAAGCCAUCCUAUUUGUAUUUGUGUGGCUUUUGAUUUUUAAAGAUGUUUUGAUGUUGCUGAAAGGUUAUUUGUACAUGUGAAAAUUCCUUCUGCAAGUAAUAAUUUUGUUACGCACUAUUGAUUUGAAUUACACCCCCCCCCUUUUUUUGUUGAACCAGCCAAAGGUCAAUCGAUGAAUAGCCAAGUUCCCUUUUCCUAAGAGAUAAAAGCUGUGAAUUAUAGUUAUAUAUCAAGUUUUCAUACAAGUUCAUGUGUUGUCCCAUCCUGGGGCUUUAUUGUAGUUGAUUGUAAUACGGGAUAUCGGAACUAUAAAAAAAAAAUUGGGACUCUUCAGAAAAAGAAGUUACGAAAAUCAUACGUCACUUCGGCAACUCUUUUACAUACAAAUUAGUAAUGGUAACGACUCAUUUCUCAUACAAAAAUAUCUGCUUGAUUUGAAGAUUAUUUUUUUCAGAAUGUUGCUAUCGAAUACCCUUGUACCAAAGCAUAAAUUAUGAAUUUAAAUUUCUGAUAUUUGGUAGCAGAGACAAAUUAAAAAAAUCCACAAUAUUGUGUAUUUCCUCUAGUUACCGUAAGGACAGAUAAAUAUUUACUUGGUGAGAUUUUCUCCAGUCAUUAUAACAACCGACCGCUAUGAUUAAAAAAUGAUUAAAAAAACAAUCAUAAUUUAUACCUCAAUCUUCAGACAUAUACAAUUGUGGAAAUGUAACGUUGAACCGAUCAAUUGUGACCUCCCCCGGGGUUUUUUUUUUUUUUUUUUUUUCUUUCUUUUGUACGACAUGUAACAAAGAACUUUCAUAGAGAUAUGAAAGAAACUUUUUUCUCCGUUUGCUCCCUAUCCUAGAACUUUGAAAAACGACACAAAAUGCCUAGACUCGCUAUAUCCGAUAGGUACUUAGUUCAUGAAAAGGUUGCCCUAAUUAAGGUAGACAACGUGAUCUCGUUGGACGGACUAAAUAUUAAAACUUCGCCGGUAUCGGAGACGAAAUAAUGGUUCCGAUAUCCCGUAUUGAUGGGAAAAUAACAACCGUCAAAGUUACAAGUCAGAAAAUUAGAAAAGCCAACAUAGGGAAAUAAGACUAAUAAUUUCCCUGCAAAAUGGCGGACAAGGGACAUAACUUGCAUCGAAGUGAGGAAACGUAUAUUAUCUAAUUAAGUUGGUAAUUGGCUAACGUUAAUUACCUAGGUAGAAGAGAUCAUGUACAUGGAAUAAAAGAUACAAUAUUGUUGGUCGUGGAUUUGAACGAAAACUAAUUUUGGCAUAACAAAAUACGAGUGUUUACAGGUUUCAUCUGGAUUUUGCAUGUUCAUGAAAUGAUUUCGUUAUUGAUUCAAAAAUAAGUAUCGUCUUUUCACGGUGCGCUGAUUGCAGAGUAAAUCGAUGUCACUUUGGUGGAUAUUAAGAAAUGUAUAUAAUGCGUCAUUAUUUGUUUUAUCUUUGCAUUUUGAGAUAAAAAAUAUUCAAACACGU